UUUGGUUUCGUUUAUACCCUAAAAGACUGAUUAGAAGAGAGCAGCAGAAAGCAACCACCAGCAUUUAAAUGUGUUACUAACAAGGACUUUUUGUAUUCGUAACUAACCCACUUAUAUACAUUGUAAAAAGUAUCAAACUAAAAGGAAAAACACAUCAUCAUCAUCAUGUUUUUGCCGGUUAAAUCAAAUCUUUCCACCGACAACACUGCCAACAGUGAAGAUGUCACUACCACCAGCAACAAUUCCACACAAACGCCCAGUGAUCUUAGCCCACCGGGACCAAAUGAAGAAAUACUGCCGCAGGCCCACCAUCAAAAUCCUGGACAUUGUGUGGCAUCAUUUGCAGCCAUCAAUCAAAUGCGUACAAAUUCGCAGUUGUGUGAUGUGACUUUGGAGGUGGGUGGCGAAACCCUACAUGCCCACAAGGUAGUUUUAGCUUCAGUAUCACCCUAUUUCUAUGCCAUGUUCAAUGAUGACAUGUUAGAACGUACUCAGGGUAUUGUUCGUCUACAUGAUAUUGAUGUUAUUGCCGUUAGAGAUCUAAUUGACUACAUAUACACUGGUGAAAUAACUAUAACGGAACAAAAUGUUCAAGUGUUAUUGCCGGCAUCAAGUCUUCUGCAAAUGCAUUCAGUGCGAGAGGCUUGUUGUAAAUUUUUACUGCGUCAAUUGCAUCCUUCAAAUUGUCUGGGCAUUAGGAGUUUUGCUGAUGCCCAUUCUUGCAAAGAAUUACAUACUAGAUCCCAUAAGUAUGCUUUACAAAAUUUUCAACAAGUUGUUGGUACCGAAGAAUUUUUAUUACUUCCAUUUGAAGAGGUCAGAGAUUUAAUAUCAAAUAAUCUCCUCAACAUUUGCUCCGAGGAGAAGGUAUUCCAUGCUGUUUUGAAUUGGAUUAAACAUGAUUUGGCUGAGAGACAAAUUCACAUUGCCGAGCUAAUGAGUCACGUACGAUUGCCGCUAGUUAGUCGUGACUUCUUAAUGACCAUCGUGGAAACGGAGACAUUGAUAAGAGAUGACUCGCAAUGUAAAGAACUGCUACUUGAAGCUAUGAAAUAUCAUUUGCUGCCGGAGCAAAGAAGUUUGAUGAGUAGCCAACGUACUAUGGAGAGGAGACCGGACGGCAUGAAACCCUAUGUAUUUGCAGUGGGCGGCGGUAGUCUCUUCGCCAUACACAAUGAGUGUGAGGUGUAUAAUACCAGAUCAAAUAUCUGGUCUAGUAUAGCGCCCAUGUUAUGGAGACGCUCCAGAUCGGGUGUGACUGCUUUACACAAGUCCCUUUAUGUGGUGGGUGGUUAUGAUGGCGUUAAUGAUUUGGCAACAGCCGAGUGUUACAACCCAUCGAAUAAUAAAUGGUCUUAUAUAACGCCCAUGGGUACAAAGCGUUCCUGUUUGGGAAUUUGUGCCUUUGAUGGUUUGCUUUAUGUGUGUGGUGGUUAUGAUGGUGCUUCUUGUUUGAGCAGCACGGAACGUUACGAUCCGUUGACAUCGGUGUGGAGUUCAUGCCCAGCUAUGAGCACCCGCCGACGUUAUUGCCGCUUGGCUGUGUUGGAAAAUUGCAUUUAUUCGUUGGGUGGAUUUGACUCGACCAACUAUCAAUCGAGUGUUGAACGUUUUGAUCCCAGAGUAGGCAGGUGGUAUCCUGUGCCCAGUAUGACGGCUAGACGUAGCAGCUGUGGCGUGGCCUCUUGCGAGGGUUAUCUCUAUUGUAUUGGUGGCAAUGAUGGUACCAUGUGUAUGUCCAGUGGAGAACGUUUCAAUAUAAGACGCAAUAGCUGGGAACCCAUAGCUGCCAUGCACUCACGCAGAUCCACUCAUGAAGUAGUGGAAGUAGAAGGCGCUCUAUAUGCUUUAGGAGGCAAUGAUGGUUCUUCUUCCCUUAACUCGGUGGAACGUUACGAUAUACGUCUCAAUAAGUGGACCAUUGUAAAUUCAAUGGUUGCCAGACGUAGUUCAGUGGGUGCAGCUGUAUUGGAUUGCUUCAACUUGGAGCGCGGUUUGGUACAGACUACGAACUUAUGACCUCCACUAACUGCCAUUGCUGAAUCAUUUGUUAAUGCUGCCAAUGCUACGACAUCAAAAAAUUCUUCACCCACUGCCGCAACAGUUUCAGCCACCAAUGGAGUGACUUCAACAACAUCAAAUUCGACCUCUUCAUCUUCAUCGGUAUCAUCAACGACUUCUUCGAAUAAUCCCGUUUUGCCGGGUAGAGCUGUAAAUGGCCGCAGUAUGAUGGCUGGCGAUUUGCUAAAUGUAGUCUUGCCUUCUAAUUAUACAUUAAGCACAUCGGCGCCAUCCUCAUCAAACUCUACUCUAAGGCGUUAUCGUGAUCGUAAUCCAGCACCCGAAACCAGUCCACGAACUGAUAGACCCUCUUCAAGUGAUGACAGUAAACCAACCACUGCCUGAUAUUUAUAUUAUAGAUAAAUCGGUUACAAUCUCAUGCGAAAAAACUGCCUCUCCCUUUAGAGAACAAAGCUAUUUCAUUAAAACUCUUCUUUUUUUUCCAUUUUAAAAGCAAAACUUACUGGUAUUCAAUUAGGGAAUUAAAUUUUUCAGACAUUCUUAAUUAUAAGACCACAUACACACACACUAUUUUUAUGGAAUUGAAUUAAUAAUUGCAUACACGAUAAAUUUAAAAUAAAAUAAAAAAGACCUUAUUUAUG